AUGCAGAAAGCCUUGAAGAAGUAUUUUGUAAACAUGGACGAGUAUCUAGCCAGCAUCGGUCUCUACAGGAAAAUGAUGGCACGAGACGCGUCCUGUCUAUUUCGAGCUGUCUCUGAGCAGAUGUAUUACUCUCAAAAUUACCAUCAAAAGAUAAGGAAAGACUGUGUCACCUUCAUGAGAGAGAACAGAUGCAACUUUGAACCUUUUGUUGAAGGGUCAUUUGAGAAGUAUCUGGAACGUCUGGAGGACCCCAAGGAAACCACUGGCCAAGUUGAGAUAAAGGCUUUGUCGUCGUUGUACAGGCGGUGCUUCCUUGUAUACAGGUACCCUGGGAAGCCACCAACGGAGAUAACUGAAGUAGACUACAUAGAGAAGAUUCUGCUGUGUUGCUCCAACAAUGGCCAUUAUGAUGUUGUGUACCCCAGGAACUACCCCAUCCACGCAGCUCUGUGUCAAGCUCUGUUGUAUGAGCUGCUGUACACACAAGUCCUUGGUGUCGGCGAGGCAGAGGUGCAAGGAGCCUUGGAAGGGUUCCAUGGCGGAGGCCGUCGCUAUAGGAACAGCCUGUCGGUGUGCAGUGAGGAUGCAGGCUAUGAUACCCCUGAGGACAGGGGUCAGACUCUGAGGGAUGAUUGGGAGUUCAAUGGGCACAGUCGCACAGAGGACAAACCCCGACCUGGAGCAGAGGAAGCAAAGACUCCAGAUGGACCAGCAAAACUCUCUCUCCCGUACAAGGUGCUCAAAGCGCUGGAUUCUGAGAUGUACAGAAAUGUCCAGUUUGACGUAUGGCAUGACAGUCGCAGAGAGAUGCAGAAAACUGAUUACAUGGUGUUUGCUGGAAGACAGUACUUCUUGGGAGACAAGUGUCAGGUUCGUCUAGACCCCAAAGGGAAGUAUUACAAUGCCUUCAUUCAGGAGGUGGGCACUCACCCCAGCGCUGUGACAGUGUUCAUCGAAGAGCUUGGAGAAAAACAUCUUGUGUCUCUGACUAACUUCAAGCCUGUGAACCCUGUCCCUGCCUGGAACAUCACCCCGAGCCGCAAGGGACCAUCAUACAGCCGGCCUGAGCAGUAUCCUGGAGAGAUGGAUUCAGAGUUGCGGGGCCGGCGGCGUUUCUUUAAGAAACCCAGAGGGAAGGAGAUGCUGAUGGUGUCUGGCCUGCCUCCCCGCUUUCAAUCAGGCCCUGGUGGCCUACCCCCUGGGCGUGCCCCUGGCAUGCAUGCCCCCACACCACCAGAGACAAUGCCCUACGAACACUAUCGGCCUCAUCUUCCACCCAGGCCCCCGCGAGGAUAUGGCCCACCCAGAAGUUCAGCCCGUUUCCUGAACAAUCAUCCCCUCGUUGGGCCGGAGAUGACAUACUACCCUCACUCAGGAAAACGCUGCUACCACAGUUUCGACAACUACUCAUUCAGGUCACGCUCUUGCAGCCGAAGCAGGCGCCAGAUCCCUGCUAUCAGCAAGGAGUGCCAGUUCAGCUACGUCCCCGAGGCUGGACAGGAGGCACAGGACAUGGAUGGAACAAUCACCUUCUAUGAGAUUGAGGGGGGAGAUGAAUCUGCCUUCCCUCCCUUGUCGGGACAGACUGUAGAAAAUCCCAUGGUUCCAGCACUCCCUACAUUCUGGGUGCAGCAGGGGCCGAGCCCCAUCCCCACAUCUGGUAAACAGGCCUUGACCUCAUCAGAGGAGGACGCUGACGAAAGGAGCAAUGGUGACGACCAGGGUGAAUAUUCAGAGGAGUACAUCUAUACUGGUGAAGGUGAGUGUGUUGACAUCACCUGCUUACCCCUUGUACAAUAUGGAUACAAGUUCACAAUUGUCUUGUUAAAUGAUCUUGCAGACACAGGGUUCCAGAGCCCAUCAGUGUAUGCUGCGGCAGAGUCCACUGCCAACCUGACCAUUGAAGAGGGAGGAUCUCGUGCUAGCUCGCCACAAGAGGGCAUGGCUAGCUAUAGCUACACUCAGUCACAGCAGGUGGUGGUGAAGUCAGCAGUCAUGCCUGCACUGGCUUUAACCACAGCCCCAGCAACUAUCUUCACCUCUUCCUCUAGCAGCUCUCAGACCCUUCCAGCACCAAUUGCUUCACCCUCAAACUAUCCACAAGGGGCUCCCAUGCCCCCACACGCAAUGGGCAGACAAGUUUCAUCCAUUCAGGUUCCUCCUUCCUCUCCCUGGUUUGUGAAUGAGAUGGGGGAAGCGGUCAGCACCAUACCCCCUCCACCUUACUCCUAUGACCCCAACGGCAAUGACCUUCCACGAGAUGGCAAGGUCCUCCAAUAUUACUUUAAUUUAGGAGUCCAAUGGUACCAGCAGAGCUAUUGGCAUUCCAUGGUACAGAUGCAGCAGGCGUAUCAGCAGCCUAAUGGCGAGCAACAGUUCCAGUCCUACUCCGGAGCCCCCCCUCCCUCUGAUCACACAGUCUCCCAGUCCUACCCAGAGACUGGGAGAGCAGGGCCUGAUGGCCAGGGAGAUGUUCUUGCCAAUGGCACCCCCCUGCCCAUGGACCCUCCCUCAGCAGGAGCCCCAGGCACAGUGUUCUACCCCUUGCUUCAGGACCAGUGCAGCCAACCCCCCCUCCACACCUACGAGCCUUAUGUUCCGAUGCUCUCUGCCACCUACCAUUACCUCACACCCUGGAACUCAGGCCCUGCCCAACCACAUGUGCAUGCAUCCUACUGCCCCUCCAAUCACCCAGUCAACUAUGUCACUGCACCCACACACCCAGGGCACUUUAUUCCUCCCAGCAUGUAACCAAGCACUGGGGGAGGGAGGUGGGCCCCUCUAACUACCCACAUUCACCAUAUGUCACCCUAUGUCAUGUGUAACAUUUGUUCCACUUUUCUUCUUUUGAAGUUUGCAUGUUUUUGAAGUUUACUAGUCAGUGGCUGUCUGAAAUGGCACCCUAUUCAAAAGUAGUGCACUAUGUUGGGCAGUGGUUCCCAUCCUUUUUCAGUUACUGUACUACCAACUGAAUUUUGCCCUGAACUACCCACUCAUGUGCAUUUUACCAGUAGGACAAUGGUCUCAUGAGUCUUCUCAAGUACCCCCAGAGGUACUAUUACCCCAGUUUGUGUACCACUGAUGUAGGGAAUAGGGUGCCCUUGGAAAAGAGGUGCACUAUAUAUAGGGAAUAGGGGUCCA